GUAUCGUUGUUUCGGGAGCGAAAGAAAGCAGUCACCGCCCUCAAAAAGAACUCACCGGGCACGGGCGUAACGUUUCUUUCCUCCACCUUUGGGUGCCUCUGGCGAGCUGGCGAGCUGCUGAUCCUCGCCCCUCCGUUCCUUUCUCCGAAGCGGUCGGCGCGGGGUUCACGUGACGGAGGGGUCGGCGGGGACGGGGAUGGCUCAGAUCCCGCUUCGUAGUCGGAGCAUUCGGUCGAUUUAGGUGACACGGCUCCUCCGCUUCUCGAUCUUGGCGUUAGCUUCUGGCUGGGGUUUCUAUGGUUGGUUCUUGUCCCAAGAAAGAGUGGCGGUGAUUCGGGGGAGGGAGGUGGCCGGCGACCUGGAGAUACUACGCUUCCGAUUGCAGGGUUGAAAUCUGUGCGCCAAAAACUCGUGCUGAAACGGGGAAUCUCAUGUAAGCGUGGAUGUGUUCCGUGCUCCGAUGUUUUAGAUGGUCCAAAGCAAAUGCACAUUAUGACUUGGAAUUUUCUUUCUUCGACACAAAGACACACAGAGAAUGGAGAAUUGGAGGUCUGAAACAUUCAUUCAUGUCCUCAUUUCGGGUUGAAGAUUUGGUUAGCUUCUGAUCAUGACCAAGGCCAUUCAUAGAGUUCCCGUCAAAGAUGAGACCGGUAGUAACGUCAGCAGCCACCCGAGGGAAGAAGAGUAUGGCGCCAUCAGCGACCACCUUCGCAACCAUGUGCAUCUGACUAACUGCAUACAUUUGAAGAACCACAUGCACCGCCGGAGCCCCAACUUCGCCGAGAGGUCCCUCAUGAGGGAUCUCAUUGUCCUCCAGAAGUCGACGUCCCUGAGAGACCCGUCCACCAGUCCUCCCUCGUGGGUCUCCCCUUACAUAGUGGCGGGCUUUGCCAGGAAAUCUGAGAAGGAUGGCUCUACCAAUAGCAGGAGGAGGUCUAUAGAAGUUGAUCGACGGAGAGAGAUUGGCCGACUGUCUGUAAGUUCACCACUCGUCGGAGGUGUGGCAACGGCAAAAGUCACCGCCGUGGAAGCGGCUGGUGGUUACGAUUUUGAGCAAAGAGACAUGGAUGCUGUGAUCAAUACAGCAGAAGAGACAGGCAGAAGUCGCAAGAGCGAUAGUUUGUCUGGCAACAGAGUUACUUUGAAGGAGACACCCCCCAAGGAAGUGGUGGGACAAGAAAAGGAGGAGCCCGAUAAGCGUGCCAAUGGACAGAUUUUCACACCUAAGGCACUACCCGAGCAAUUGGAAGAGGUUCCAAACCGGUCAUGCAAUUUUGGCAAGAAAAAUUCAGACUUAUUUCUUCAUGGUAGGCACGAGAGCAAGGGAAGAACCAACAAUGAGGUAGAAAAUACUAAUCAUGACCAUUAUCGCCAGUCAAAUAGGGGGAAGAAGUGCAGGCUGAGAGGUGCAAGGCGAGCUCGGGGAUCUGUUGAUUUGGGAGGUUUCGGUGAUCGCCAUGAUUUAACCAUUGCUCCAGACACUGUAGCCCAAGAUUCCAAGAACCAGAAAGGUUAUGCGGAGGAUUUUGAAGAAGAUACUGAGCUGGAGGCUGCACGGAUGCAGAGAAAUGUAUGUGGGAUUCCUUGGAAUUGGUCAAGAAUUCAUUAUCGAGGAAAGACAUUUCUUGAUAUAGCUGGGAGGGGUUUGUCCUGUGGGCUAUCUGAUUCUAGGAUUAAAAAGGCUGGAGGCCCUGUUCCACAAAGAGAAGGAAAUACUUCGAAUGUGGCCACAGCAUCCGAUCAUUUCACUCCAUCAACGAGCUCAGACUCUGAAGUUCUACCAUUACUGAUUGAGGCGCCGGAUUCUCAGGACAGUGGUGCUCAUCGUUUCCUUUCGAGGGAUUAUUCAGGAGAGCUGGAAAUUUUCUCCAAUCAUAGCCUGAGGCAUGAUAGAGACUCUGACCUGGCAUCUGAAGUUAGAUCAAGUCAGCAGAGGUCUAGACAGUGUGGUCGUGGCAGACACAGGAGUCUGACACAGAAAUACAUGCCAAAAACCUUCAAAGAUCUUGUGGGACAGAACUUGGUCGUUCAAGCUCUUUCCAAUGCCAUUUUAAGAGGAAAAGUAGGGUUGAUUUAUGUCUUUUAUGGACCUCAUGGGACAGGGAAGACGUCUUGUGCUCGCGUAUUUGCUAAAUCUUUGAAUUGCCUGUCUGUGGAGGUUCCAAAACCUUGUGAUGUUUGUAGUUCCUGCAUUUCAAAUAAUCUAGGUAGGAGCAGAGAUGUGCUGGAAUUUGGACCAGUUGGUAACUUCAAUUUUGAGAGCAUUAAGGACGUCUUUGAUGACGUGAUGCUGUUACCAAGGUCAUCCCAAUAUAGAGUGUUUAUUCUUGAUGACUGCGAUGGGUUGCCUUCAAAUUUUUGGAGUACCAUCAUAAAGGACAUUGAUCGAGCACCGCGACACUUGAUUUUUGUCCUUAUCUGUUCGAAUCUCGACCGAUUACCUCAUAUUAUCAUAUCCAGGUGCCAAAAGUUUUUUUUCCCAAAAGUGAGAGACUCUGAUAUCAUCUCUACUUUGCAAUGGAUUGCAACCAGUGAAGGUCUAGAAAUUGACAAGGAUGCUCUGAAACUUAUAGCAUCACGAUCAGAUGGCUCCUUAAGAGAUGCUGAGAUGACUCUUGAUCAAUUAAGUUUGCUUGGGAAGAAAAUUUCUCUUCCACUUGUCCAGGAGCUAGUUGGGUUGGUGUCUGAUGAAAAACUGGUGGAUCUGCUUGAUUUGGCAUUAUCCGCAGACACUGUUAACACUGUGAAGAGCUUAAGAGAGAUUAUGGAAACUGGGGUGGAUCCUCUGGCAUUAAUGUCACAGCUUGCAACUACAAUUACUGAUAUUCUUGCCGGUAGUUAUGUCUUUACACGAGAAAGACUACGCAGAAAGUUCUUCCGCCAGCAAAUUUUGUCCAAGGAAGAUAUGGAGAGAUUACGGCAGGCUCUCAGGACUCUCUCAGAAGCUGAAAAACAGUUGAGGGCAUCGAGCGACAAAUUGACAUGGUUAACGGCUGCUCUUCUUCAACUCGCUCCAGAUCAGCAAUAUAUGCUACCUAGUUCGUCUACAGAAAGAAGUCUCAAUCACAGUCCAUUGUUUCUAAAAAACCAUUGCAUGACAGACACACAUGGGGGCUCUACCAACAAGCAGGAUGACAUGCAACUCGUUGAAAGAAGUCUUUUAAGAGGUGUUGGGCAAGGGUACAGCAAUGGCAGAAGUGAUGAUGAUUUAAGAAAUUGCAUUACGGUGGCCAACGGGAAGGGGGAUGGUGGACAGACUUCACAUAUCUCUGGCAGGAGACACAAGAAUAUUGAGAAGAUAUGGCAAGCAGUACUAGAGCAUAUCCCAUCUGAUACAUUAAGACAGUUUUUGUAUCACGAAGGGAAUCUAAAUUCAGUUAGCUUAGGUGUUGCUCCUACUGUGCACUUGGCUUUCAGUUCAAAUGCAAAUAAAUCUAGAGCUGAAAAGUUCAGAGGGCAGAUUUUACAAGCAUUUGAGUCUGUGCUUUCUUCACCGGUAAUACUUGAAAUAAGAUGUAGAUCUAGGAAUGGUGUCCGAUCAGAUGUCCCAGUUGCUCUUCCUGGUUCUGAAAGUGGUUCUUCUAAGAUGACAAAAAAGCGGCAAUCUGUGAAGAAUAAAAAAUUACUUUAUUCAGAAUCUGAAAAUCUUGCAGGGAAGCUUAUAGAAGAAAAUGUUCUCAGAAGAAUUUGCUCCAGUAAAUCUAGAUGGCUGCACCCGGGUCCCCAUGUGAUGACAGAAGAUGAAAUUGUUGAAGCAGAACCUCGUGAAAAUGAGCCAAUGAAUAAGACUAUGGGAUUGAAGGAAAAAGGUCUUGGAAGUGUAGGCGAAGAAGCAUCAACUUCGCAUCAUAGGAAUAUGGUUCCUCUGUCAGAAAGGAAGGGAACUGAACAAAAUCAGAACAAAAGUUUAGUUAGGGGCAGGGUAUCUCUCGCUCAUGUCAUUCAGCAGGCGGAAGGUUGUUCUCGACGAGGUGGGUGGUCCAGGCACAAAGCCAUGUCAAUAGCUGAAAAGCUUGAGCAGGAGAAUCUGAGACUGGAGCCUAGAUCAAGAAGCUUGUUAUGCUGGAAAUCCUCUAGGACAACCCGAGCCAAGCUCUCAAAUCUCAAGAUUAGGACAAGGAGGCCACGUUUCUUGUUGAAGCUCGUCACUUGCGGAAGAUGCCUGCACACCAGAUCACCAAAGUAAAUUAGUCCCAAGUCACUUGGGUUGUUUCCAUGUACUAUAGGGAUUUCCCCUGUUUCUUUCUUUGUUACUUCUUUCAUUAUUACAAAACUUUGUACAUUAUUUAACAAGUGAGACAUUGAAAAUAUAAACCUUAUAUUCUUUUUAAGUUAAAUAUUGCA